CUUAUUAAACAAACAACAAACAUCGCACUAAUAAAAUAAUUAAAUAAUUUCGCAUCAAAACAAAACUUACCUUCAAAUUGUUCAGCCAACGAUUCUUUUAUUAUAUUUUCUACUUCAGCGUUAACAUCUUCCUCCUGUAAAAUAAUCAGACUGUAACAGCUGGGCAAAAAGUUUCAUAUUACUUACACAAGGAACAGGAACGGUAUUUCAACUACUACGUCAUUGACCAUUUAACCAAACCAAUUCCUAAAAACCAACCCAAAAAUAAAAUCAAGAAAUAAAAAAAAUCGGCAUUGACCCAGUUUAAUAUUAAAUCGUCGAUUUGUCAAAGUCUACUAACUAAAAAUUUCACCGAAAAAUUUCACCGAAAAAUUUCUCUUGAAUCCACCUCUGGGUAUCUGCGCGCUCGGGAAAGAAGAACUAUAAACAUUUUAAGAAGAUGCCCCUAUAAAAUCGACCGGUAAGAGUUCAACAACUCCAGUACGGUUCAUUUCAUCAUGCUACUCAAAUAUACAGUAAUAUUUCUAGUGAUAGUUGUUGCCGUUAAGUCGGCCACAAUACAAGAACGGAAUAUACCCGUGGAAAUUAGAUACGAACGAUUAGAACAUGAUAUUACCGGAAAUUUAAGAGAAAAAGUACAAUUGAGCGAAGAAGAACUGAAAGAGAAUCAAUUGAGGCUGCAAAAGUUUGAGGAGGCAAAAAUUGCGGUGUCUAAAGCUGAAGAAACCAAAGACCAUUCCCAUUUGAUUCAAAACCUAAACGAAAAAGUUCAACUUUCUCCAGAAGACUUGCUGCAAUCCUCCAAGCACAUCCCAAUCCAACACACACUUGACCAAGAAACUGAAAAUUUAGAAAAAUUAGGAGACAGUUCAUCAACCAACAAAAUCUCUUUAAUAGACAAGGCCCAGGAUCUCAUUGAAAACGGCCUCAAAACACUGAAAGCCAACUUCGUCCCCACAGAAAACCAGGUGGCACCGCCCAAAGAACUUUGGGAAAAGUUGGAAAAAGACGUCAAAGACUUUUUCACAGAAGAAAGAAAUAAAUUCGGAUCCCGGCAAAAUCAAGGCGCCAAUCAGCAAAAUAUUUUCCAGAAUUUCGCCAACGGUUUCCAGCAAAUGACCAACAAUUUCGUCCAGCAAUUCCAAGGGUUGAAUCAGAACGGACAGAAUGGCACUAGCGGCGACGAGGGCACAGCGCAGCAACAGGGACCUAUUCAAGGGUUUAUUGGAUAUUUUACUGGAGGAGUCCAAAAUAUCGUAAGCAAUAUCCAAAACCUCGGACAAAACGGCCAACAAACUUCGGGAAACAGUACAGUUCUAGGAGAUUCUGGCACCAACCAAGGACAACCUGGAAAUAUUAUUGGUAACUUUGUCAAUGGCGUACAGCAAUUCUUCCAAGGGCCUCAACAAGGAAUCAACCAAAUAUUUUCUUCUAAUAACACACAAGGUGACACUGGUACCGGUCAACCAGGCUCAACCCAGCAAGGUUUCUUCGCAGGUGCCAUUAACCAAUUCAAUUCGGUGGUCAGCAACAUAAUUCCCACCACCGCAAAGCCAGGGACUCAAGGCGAUGAAGGCACUGCCAGUACCGGAGGUACCCAAAACGGACCGAUCCAACAAGUGAUCCAGUCUUUCGGAAACAUUGGUAACGCCUUCAACCAGUUUAUACAAGGAGGACAGCAAAACAAGCCUCCAGGCUCUGAAGACGAAAACGCCAACCCAGCCCCACCUCAAAACCAAAACUUCAUCCAAAGUAUCGGACAAAAUAUCGGAAAUGCUUUCCAGACUAUCCAGAAUCAGUUCAGACCACCGUCGCCGUCCAACUUAACCGCAAUAGCCGGAAGCUCUGACGGUGCCAAUGCUAUCGUCGGACAAGCUGUGAAUGCUGGAACCCAAAUCCAGCAGGUCGCUGGAGAAGUUGCUGGUAACAAUCCCAUUCAAAAUUUGAUACCAGGAAGUUCCCCAAGUGAGAGUGGAGCCAAGAAACCGGUUGAAACUGCAACACCUCAGCCUGCGAGUCCUGCAGCUGAGCCAGUGAGCCUUGAAGCUGUUCCAGUAAAGGUUGAAGCUGUACCAGACAAGAAAGAAGUUAUGACUGCCACCGAAUAGCUGAAAAAAGACUGCUUAGACUAAAAGCUAUAUUAAAAUAGUAGAGAGAUGUCGCUUAGGUUUAGGUAUUUAUUUGAACAUGUUUUUUUGAAGCGUGGUUUUAAUUUUAAAUUAAAUUAUUUUUAUUUAUUGAAUUGUCAAAAACUGUUGAGGACUCGAAAAAAAUCGUACUUAAUAAAUAUAUCAGAUAUAUUUUUUUCUCA